AUGGACGUCGACCUGGAUGACGCCCCCGACAGCGGCAACAACCGCGGCGGCAAGAAGCGCUCCGUGGUCGUCAAGAAGCCCAGCAAGGGCGGCAAGAAAGGUGGCUCGUCCUCCAUCCUGUCGCGUCUCGGUGGUAAGGACGCGGCCAGCCCCGGCACGAAGAUUCUGGUGAAGAACCUCAAGUUCGACAUCCUGGAGGAAGAAGUGCGCGAGCUCUUUGGCACGGUUGGCGAGGUGUCCAAGGCUGAGAUUGUGUACGACCGCUCGGGCCGAUCCAAGGGCAUCGCUCGCGUGUGGUUCGCCCGCCGCUCGGACGCAGACAAGGCCAUCAAGCAAUACGACGGACGCACACUGGACGGCCAGCCGAUGCAGAUUUCGCUGGACGCUGACAGGAAUGUCCGCAACGGACUGUUCGGCACGGCACUUGAGCGCGACGACAAGGACGUGAAGUUCAAGGUUUCCUUUGGUGGUGGCAACAACGACAACGACCAGCAGAAGGGCCGUCGCAACAGACGCGCUCGCGGACGUGGCGAGAGGGGCAGCCAGGGCGGCCGUGGCAAGGAGUCUGCUCCGUCCAAGACCGCCGAAGACCUGGACAACGAGAUGGAUACCUACAUGAAGGACGCAUAA